AUGGAGACUGGGAACUCGUACAAUUAUCCACCAAAUAAUGUGAGAGUGACACAGGCACUCGCAGCUCUAAUUGCGGGUGAUAAAUCAUCAUUCUACAACUGUAACUUCUUAGGAUUUCAAGAUACUUUAUUGGACGCCAAAGGAAGACAUUACUUCAAGUCCUGCUUCAUCGCCGGAGGAGUCGAUUUUAUUUUUGGGGCUGGUCAAUCCAUUUACGAGGGAUGUACAAUAUCAGUAAUCGAAGGAGUAAUAGACAACCGACUAGCCGGAUUUAUUACCGCUCAAGGAAGGACAAGCCCCAAUGACACAAAUGGGUUUGUGUUCAAAAGAUGCAAGAUAACGGGAGCAAGAGAAGCCUAUUUAGGAAGAGCUUGGGGAGCAUAUGCUCGAGUCAUUUACUUCAAGUCUGUCUACGAAGCCACCAUUGUUCCUCAAGGAUGGGAUUCUUUUAGUUCCACAGGCAAAGAGUAA